GUAUGCGGGUGCCGGAGCCAGGCGGGCACGGCUGCGGGAGCUGCUGACGGCGCUGCGGGAUCGGAAGCCGGUGGCGGCGCGCGGGGCAGUCCAUCUUCUAAUCUGAAAAAGUCUUCCAUGACUAAUUCACACUUAAAAAUAAGUUAUAUCAUAUAUUCCUAGAAGACUGAAAUGGGGGCUGUUAUUUUGAGGGCCCUAAGGUUAUGAGCGUGCUUCCGCCCUAUGAUGCCUCCUGCUAUGGCAGACAUACUGGACAUCUGGGCCGUGGACUCACAGAUCACAGCUGAUGGCUCCAUACCUGUCGAUUUCCUUCUGCCCACUGGGAUCUAUAUCCAGUUGGAAGUACCUCGGGAAGCUACCAUUUCUUAUAUUAAACAGCUCAGAAAUGUAUUUAGUUUUCAAGUGUCUCCCAAUUUGAAUCCUAUAAAAAUAAACGAAUUGGCAAUCCAGAAGCGCCUCACUAUCCGUGGACAGGAAGAUGAGGCUAGCCCCUGUGACUAUGUGUUACAGGUCAGUGGGAGAGUGGAGUAUGUGUUUGGUGAUCAUCCACUCAUUCAGUUCCAGUAUAUCCGGAAUUGUGUAAUGAAUAGGACCCUGCCCCACUUCAUCCUUGUGGAAUGUUGUAAGAUCAAGAAAAUGUAUGAACAAGAAAUGAUUGCCAUAGAGGCUGCCAUCAGCCGAAACUCAUCCAACCUUCCUCUCCCUUUACCACCAAAGAAAACACGGGUUAUUUCUCACGUCUGGGACAACAACAACCCUUUCCAAAUUGUGUUGGUAAAAGGAAAUAAGCUUAAUACAGAAGAGACCGUGAAAGUCCAUGUCAGAGCUGGACUUUUUCACGGAACCGAGCUCCUGUGUAAAACCGUUGUAAGCUCAGAGAUAUCUGGAAAGAACGACCAUAUUUGGAAUGAACAACUGGAAUUUGAUAUUAAUAUUUGUGACUUACCAAGAAUGGCUCGAUUAUGUUUUGCUGUUUACGCAGUUUUGGAUAAAGUGAAAACGAAGAAAUCAACAAAAACUAUUAAUCCCUCUAAAUAUCAGACCAUCAGGAAAGCUGGAAAAGUGCAUUAUCCUGUGGCGUGGGUAAAUACCAUGGUUUUUGACUUCAAAGGACAGCUGAGGUCUGGAGACGUAAUAUUACAUGGCUGGUCUUCAUUUCCUGAUGAGCUGGAAGAAAUGCUGAAUCCCAUGGGUACUGUGCAGACGAACCCAUACGCCGAGAACGCAACUGCCUUGCACAUUAAGUUUCCGGAGAAUAAGAAGCAGCCUUAUUAUUACCCCCCCUUUGAUAAGAUCAUUGAGAAGGCAGCUGAGAUUGCCAGUGGAGACAGUGCUAAUGUGUCGAGUCGUGGUGGGAAAAAAUUUCUUGCUGUACUGAAAGAAAUCUUGGACAGGGACCCCCUGUCUCAGCUGUGUGAGAACGAAAUGGACCUUAUUUGGACUCUACGGCAAGACUGCCGAGAAAAUUUCCCACAGUCACUGCCAAAACUACUCCUGUCAAUCAAGUGGAAUAAACUUGAAGAUGUUGCUCAGCUUCAGGCGCUCCUGCAGAUUUGGCCCAAAUUACCUCCCAGAGAAGCUCUGGAGCUCCUGGAUUUCAACUAUCCAGACCAGUAUGUCCGGGAAUACGCUGUAGGCUGCCUGCGACAGAUGAGUGAUGAAGAACUCUCUCAGUAUCUUUUACAAUUGGUGCAAGUUUUGAAAUAUGAGCCUUUUCUUGAUUGUGCCCUCUCCAGAUUCCUAUUAGAAAGAGCGCUGGAUAAUCGGAGGAUUGGGCAGUUUCUGUUUUGGCAUCUUAGGUCGGAGGUGCACACUCCUGCUGUGUCCGUCCAGUUCGGUGUCAUCCUGGAAGCGUACUGUCGAGGGAGCGUGGGGCACAUGAAAGUGCUCUCCAAGCAGGUUGAAGCACUCAAUAAGUUAAAAACUUUAAAUAGCUUAAUCAAAUUGAAUGCAAUGAAGCUGAACAGAGCUAAAGGGAAGGAGGCCAUGCACACGUGCUUGAAGCAGAGUGCUUACCGGGAAGCGCUCUCUGGGCUGCAGUCACCUCUGAACCCCUGUGUCAUCCUCUCGGAGCUCUAUGUUGAGAAGUGCAAAUACAUGGACUCCAAGAUGAAGCCCCUGUGGCUAGUCUACAGCAGCAGAGCCUUCGGAGAGGACUCGGUUGGAGUGAUCUUUAAAAAUGGUGAUGAUUUGCGCCAGGACAUGCUGACGCUGCAGAUGCUGCGCCUGAUGGAUCUGCUGUGGAAAGAAGCUGGCUUGGACCUGCGGAUGCUCCCCUAUGGCUGUUUAGCAACAGGAGAUCGCUCUGGCCUCAUUGAGGUUGUGAGCACCUCGGAGACAAUCGCUGACAUUCAGCUGAACAGUAGCAACGUGGCUGCCACAGCAGCCUUCAACAAAGAUGCACUCCUGAACUGGCUCAAGGAGUACAACUCUGGAGACGACCUGGACCGAGCCAUUGAGGAGUUCACCCUGUCCUGUGCUGGCUACUGUGUAGCCUCUUAUGUCCUCGGCAUUGGUGACAGGCACAGCGACAACAUCAUGGUGAAGAAAACAGGCCAGCUCUUCCACAUAGAUUUUGGGCAUAUUCUUGGAAAUUUCAAAUCUAAAUUUGGCAUUAAGAGGGAGCGAGUACCUUUUAUUCUUACUUACGACUUCAUUCAUGUCAUUCAACAAGGAAAAACGGGAAACACAGAAAAAUUUGGCAGGUUCCGCCAGUGCUGUGAAGAUGCGUACCUGAUUUUACGGCGGCAUGGGAAUCUCUUCAUCACCCUGUUUGCGCUGAUGUUGACUGCAGGACUUCCCGAGCUCACGUCGGUCAAAGAUAUACAGUAUCUUAAGGACUCUCUUGCCUUGGGAAAGACUGAGGAGGAAGCACUCAAGCAGUUCAAGCAGAAGUUUGACGAGGCCCUGAGGGAAAGCUGGACUACUAAGGUGAACUGGAUGGCUCACACGGUGCGGAAAGACUACAGGUCUUAGCGUCUGCUCUGCGCCACCGCACGCGUCUGUGUGUGUCCUUUCCAUUUUGCACUUGCACUAUUAAACAUGACCUUGCCAGAAAUGCAAAGGGAAUGAAAUCCUGAAGCUCAGAUGAAGUGGAGAACACGGAGUCCGCAGAGCCUAGUCUACCCCCUGGCUGCCCACCCUCUGCUCUCAGUGCUCCCAGGACUCAUCAUGGACAGCAGCAGCAGGGCCCUUCCCUGCUCACCGUGCACGCACGCCGAGGGAGGAAUGCUGCCAGGGACUGUCUGGGACCUUUCCUUCUUUUCUUCAGUAUUUGGUACUUUACCAGAGAGGUGUAAAUACGUCUUUUCAGUGUUGCGACCAAGUACUGCCACUCAGCCAACAACUUACCACAUUUGGGGGCUGGGAACUCUUCAAGGAAGGUAUCUCCCUGUCCUUUUUAAACUGCGAGAGCUACAAAUUUCAUUGAUUAUGUUGAACAUAUUAUUUUUCAAAGGAAAUAUUUUAAACCUGUGAAAACUCACUAAUUUUGUUAAUAUUUAUCAUGGUGGCAUCAUUUCAGCCAGACUUGCUGAGAAUCUAUUGGUGGGGCAAAUAUAAUAUAUAUAAUAUAUAUAUAUAUGCUGCAUAUAUAUUUAUAAAAUUUCUAGUGGGAGUUCUAUAUAAAAAAGAUGUUUCUUUGGUAUUCUUCAGCCUGUGUUUUAAAGUUUUACAAAAGCAGAGCUUUUUCCUAAGUUACCUUUCAGUUAACUAUGAUCCAGUUCUUCCAACCGCUUCAGUACUGAGGCGCGUGUGAGUGCGGGCUCUCUACGGAGCUCUGAGAGUUCACUCAGAACACAAUACUUGAGCAGGUGUAUCCAAGGAAGCGAACAAAUGAAAAGGAAUCUAUUUACAGGAUAAACUCGAAACUUAAAUUCCAGUAUUUUAGUAAUAUGCCAGCUGUUCUUAAUGUAUUUAUUAAAAUGUAUAACAAUGUGAUUUUUCAAUGGUUUUAGUUUAAAGUGAAGUGGAUUCUUGCCACAUGGAAAUCUUUAAUUUAUUUGUUGAGGUACCAUAUAGUCAGGGUGCUAGGUGACGAGUGGUGUUAGCAUGUGCAAUAGGAACUACUGGUUUGCUGUGUGAUGGAUUUCAGGAUCCAGCAAAACUACUGCUUCUCCAAAGACCCGCGGGAGCCCGCAGGUGUCAGCGGCAUGGGCAGCACAACUGAGUACUUGCCCUGUGACUUCAGUUUUCUAUGGGAAUUUUAUUAAAGGGUGUUUAAUUUUGUUGUCCUUCUUAAUGUUUUCAGUCAAAUAAAUGGGUGGUUUUGGCUGUUUGGGACAUGUGGGCGUCUUCUUUUUGGGAAGCACAGAGUCUUUGCAACCUGCUCCCACUGGGACUCUCCCAAAUGGCCCCAUCAGUGGACAAGCCAGCCUCAGCCUCAGGGCCUCUGCCCAGCUUCCCCUGGCCUUCUAGUUCCUCAUGGAUGGCCUGGGAGGCCUCUUGGACCAACGCAAACCUAAGAGGAGGAGAUGUUUCCAUCAGUUUGCUGUUCCACAUCUCUCCUGCCUCUGCUCUAGUAUAUGUGUUCAUGUGCAUGUGAACAUGGGACAGCCAGGGCAGUGUGGCUCAGUAGCUAGGCCCUGACAGUACUCCAUCCAUACUUGAUGAAUUGUCGUCUCUUUCUGAGAAGAUGGAAAGCAGGAAGCUAACCACAUUCUAGAAUGAAUUCACACUCUAGGCCGUACUCACGUCUGCUUGGACAAAGGCUGGUUAGCCACUGCGCUGACUUUGAGCAGGCUAUAUUUUAUGUAUCCUUAAAUGCCAAGCAUGCUACGAAGCACAUCUUCUCUCUCUGGCUCUCAGCCCAAGGCCCAGGCUCCUUCCAGGUUGCCUUUAAGACCUUGGUGUUAGUAUUUGGAGGCUGUCAGGCAGCACAGCUCAAAGAUUAUCAGAUCACAUGUGGAUGGUGGUCACUCUUUGUUCCUGGGUGCAUGUGUUAGCUGUGUCUCAUCGUUGUGUAACUCGGAUUAGCUGGAGUAUUGUGUUUCUGUGAUCUCAGCACUCAGGAGAAGCUGGGGCUCAACACCAUUCUCAGCUGCAGUGAGGUUGAGGGCAACCUGAGCUACAUGAGACCCAUCCAUAAAGUAGAAAUGGUUUUUAGUGUUUUCUAACUUGAUUUUCAGAAAUAGCUAUAUUCUUGCCACCCUAAAAUUAGAACUUCUGCUCAGAAGCUAUACUUCCUAUUCCACUCAGUGUCAGAGACACCCUAAGGAUACCACUUAUUCUCCUGUGGUUCAGUGGGUGCUCUUAAAAGAAGUGUCAGGUCUUCAGCUUGUGUUUCACCAUCUGCCCUGACCAGCUCCUAUUUUGGCCCCUUGGGGCAUAGUUAAAGCCAGGCACUUGUGCUGUAACCCCUGCCAGUUGGUUACUUAGCAUUUUUGGAAAAUACCUCUUUAAGGUUAGGUUGAAGGCAGGCCUGUAUUGUAUCUUCUUAAUUAGUGAUUGAUGUGGAAGGGCCCAGACCAUGUAGGUGGUCCCACGGUGGGAUGGUAGUCCUCUGUGGUAUAAGAAAGAAACUGAACAAGCAACAUUACUCUUGACCUCUUCAGUUCCUGCUUCCAGAUUCCUGCCCUGGUUGAGUUCCUGGCCUGCCUUUGGCAGUGAUGGACUGUGAUGUGGAACUAAACGCUGCAAUAAACGUUUUCCUCCCAAGUUACCUUUGGUCGUGGUGUUUCAUCACAGCAACAGACGGUAUAAGGGGAUACCACCAACUGCAGUUGGAUUAAUGUAAUUUUAUUGCCUAUUUAAUAAGUAGACUGGAACAGACCAUUGUUCGCUCCUGAAGGAAUUUUAGAUUUUAGAGUGGAGAAGCCACCCAAUUUAGGAAGAUACUUGUCUAAUCUUCAGGCUUCUCUGAAGCAAUAUCUUAUUUACAGAAUCUGAGAGCACCUACCUCAUGAUUGCCUGCCUGGCCCAUCUCUACUUCCCCACGUCUUCCUUCCACGUUACCUUCCACUUAAGAAAACACCACCAGGUCUUCAUUCAACAUUGUGACAGUGAAUAACUUUGAUACUUGAUCUUUUUCUACUUCAUAAAAUGUGAUGAGAUAAAGAUUUAAAUUGCAAAAUGCUGCGUGCCUGUUCCUGUAGCUGGGAGGAUUUUUGUUUCCUUGGCUAAGAGGAGGUUCCCCGGGUCCAUCAUAUUGUCUCCCAUGUGUAUGCAAUUCCUCUUAAGUCUACAGAUUCUACCAAGUUAAAGUAGAGUGUGACUCUGCCCUUGGUCUUUGAAUAAAACCGUUCUCCAUGCAAACUUA